AUGUUGUCUACAAAUAAAACUUUUCUAUUACAAGAUAUUUUAUUAUCAUCAAUCGAAGAUCAUCAACUUUCAUGUUUUGUUCAUAUGCAACAUUCUCCAUAUAUUCAUUUAAUAAUUAUAUUGUUCGUUCAAUUUAUUUUCAUCAAAAUCUAUUUUAUUUUAAUAUUUAUUUAUUUAUUUUUGGUUUUUUUGUCUCCCUAUUUUCGUAAUUUUCAUCGUCAUAUCAACGAAACUAUUCAAUUACGAUUUUAUGAGCAAGAAAAAGCAAAUACACAUGGAAUUAUUUUUUUAUUAGAAAACGAAAUAAUAUUAACAUUGGUUUAUAUAUUAUUCGCUUUUUUAUAUAAAUGGUUUGGAUUAAUGAAUAAUGAAGAUUAUAUUACACCAACGAAUUUUCAUCGAUGGUUAAUCGAAGCUUCAACAAUUCCACAUAUUCUUUUAUGCAUGAUUUGUAAUUAUUGUAUAAAAUGUGGCGAUAACUUUUUCGAUGAAUUUAAAUCAUUUCAUGUUCAUGGAAUCAAAAUCAAAAUUCCUCUGUUCUUCUUUAUGCGUUACGCUGAAAAUCAACCUGAUCUUUUUCUCAAGGAAAUGAAAACAUGGAUUUUUUAUGCAUUAUGUCAAUCAUCUUCGAAAUGA